AUGCCCUAUGACAUCCAGGCGGCCCAGGCUGCGCCGCGUUCCCUGAACCCUCUAGAGGACCGCGGGGCUGCGUCCGGAAGGCAGAUAUUUGGACCUAGAGAGAGGACGCCUUCCCUUAGCCCUAGCUAUGCCGUCCAAAGCAUCAUCAGGUUUGGUGCAGAGGACCUGAUAACCUUUGAGGAUGUGGCUGUGGAAUUCACCCAGUAGGAGUGGGGACAGCUGGCCCCUGCACAGAAGGACCUAUAGAGGGAGGUGUUGCUGGAGAACAUUGGGAACCUGGCCUCCUUGGGCCUUCCAGUAUCCAAAUGGUACGUGAUCUGGCAGUGGGAGGAUAAGGAAGAGCCCUGCGGGUCAGAGAGAGAAAUUUCAACGGGAGUGCACCCAGACUGGAAAAGGACUAAAGCCAAGGGAUCAUUGUCAAGUCAGAGAAUUUUCAAAGAAUUAUUCCAGAAAGCAUCAGUGGAAAAACACAUUCAAGAUGUCCUGUGGUCCUCUAAACUGAAGACAACCUGUGGUUGUGAUGACCCUAGGUCAGAGAGGCAACAGAUAAUACCAGGACAUUGGAAAAAAAUCUCACCCACUCACAAAUUCACCACCAGGAAAGAUCAUGAAUGCAGUGAAUUUGGGAGUUUAUGCUGCAGACCAGGCCUUAAGACUAAACUUAACCAACACAGUAUUCCCACAGGAGUUCUAUAAACAGAAUUCAAACAAAUUUCAGAUAGAAGUAACUCUCAGAGAACCCAACCAGGAAAGAAAUCUUAUACAUGUAAUGAUUGUGGGAAGCCCUUCCAUUUCCAGUCAGAACUAAGGCACCAUCAGAGAUGUCACACUGGAGAGAAGCCCUAUAAAUGCACUGAAUGUGGGAGAGCCUUUGGCCAUAUUUCAUGCCUUCUUAAACAUCAGAGAACUCACACUGGAGAAAAGCCUUAUGAGUGUAGUGAAUGUGGGAGAGCAUUCAGCCAGAGUUCAUCUCUUGUUCUACAUUAUAGAUUCCAUACUGGAGAGAAACCCUACAAAUGUAAGGGAUGUGGAUGUACCUUUGGUCAUACUUAAUCCCUUAUUAAACACCAGAGAACUCAUACUGGAGAAAAGCCCUAUGAAUGUAGGGAAUGUGGGAGAACCUCCAGCCAGAGUUCAUCUCUCAUUGUACAUUGCAGAUGUCAUACUGGAGAGAAACCCUACAAAUGUAAUAAACAUGGGAGAGCUUUCAGUCAGAGUUCAUCUCUCACUCAACAUUAUAGGUUUCACACAGGAGAGAAACACUACAAAUGUAAUGAAUGUGGAAGGGCCUUUGCUCAUACUGCAUCCCUUAUUAAACAUCAAAAAAUUCAUGUUGGGAAAAAAAGCCUAUGAGUUCAGCAGAUAUAGGAAAUCUUUCAGCUGGAGUACACACAACAUCAAACUUCAAAGAUUUAUCCUGGAGAGAGAACCUGAAAGUGUACCAUAUAUGGGAAGACUUUUGAUAGAAAGAAGCAUCUCAUUUAAUGCCAGAUAAUAAAGAGAUAACCUUUUAGCCACACCCCUUUUCAUACUAAACACUGGAGAAUUCAUACCAGUGA